ACCCGCCUCGACCCAAAACACAACACCAUCCAUCCCUCCUCCCUCCUCCCUCUUCGAACAUUUCAAUAUGGCCGCAGAUCAGCAACCCUCAAAGCUGAAAGUCGCUGCAACGAUCCUCUUCCACUCAUCCUCCGCAAUCCUCGUCACCCUCACCUCGAAACAUGCACUCACGACCGUGAACUCGCCAAGCGCGUUAUUGUUGAUGCAGUACCUCGUCGCGGUGGGGUGUAUCGCCGUUGUUGGGAUGCCUUUGGGUUGGCUGAAAGGUGUUUCUUCCUCAUGGCGGGUCUGGAGAUCCUUCUACCCCUUGGCACUCGCCCGCCUCGUAGGCGUCCUCGCAAAGACCUACUGCCUCGCUGCCGUAAACGCCUCCUUCUACCAAAUCGCCCGCGGCCUCCUCCUCCCCUUCACCCUAAUCCUCGGCUCCAUCUUCCUCGCCCCCAAACCCACAUACUCUCCUCACUCCCUCCUCGGCGCAGGCCUCGUCAUGCUCGGCUUCGUAUUCGGGGUCGUCACGGAUCUAGAUCAGAUGCAGACGUCGACGAUUGGUGUCGCACUUGGGGUUGGGAGUUCAUUGACGACGGCUGUGGAGACGAUUGUUGUCAAGAUCUUUUUGGGGAAGAGGGAGGGGGAGACAGGCGUCUUUUCGAUGAUUUUCAUGACGAAUAUCAUGGCGUUCGUCACACUCCUCCCAAUCUUCGUCUUCACGGGCGAGUAUGCGUCACUGGUGUCGCUAUCCCUCACCUCCCCCCUCGCACUCCGCUCAUUCCUCCACGGCUCCCUCAUCACAGGUCUUUCCUCCUUCCUCCUCACCGUGGCAACAUUCACCCAGAUCUCAGUGACAUCCCCAACGACCCACAUGAUCGUCACCGCAGCCCGUGGUGUCGCGCAAAGUCUCCUCGCGAUCGUGGUCCUCAACGAGCCGAACGUUGGGUCGAGAUACUUGGGUAUGGCCGCCAUUUUGGGUGGGAGUGGGUUGUAUGCGUGGGGGAAGACGAAGAAGGCUGUUAUUGGUGGGGGUGGGAGGGGGAGUGAGGCGCAGUAUGAGCAGGUUAGGAUGGAGGAGAUUGAGGAGAAGGGGAAGGGGAAGUUGGUUGUCUGAACUGGACAUGAGCAUGGGAAUUGAUGAUCGACGACAUGGAUGAACGGUGUUAGAGCGUGAGAUGCGCAUGAAGUACAUGGUGGAUAUGUGUCUUAUGAAUUGGGUUUCUUAUACUAGAGUAGACAAGGUCAACACAGCGGUUGAUAGCAU